AUUGGAUAUGUCAUUAGCCGCGCCCACUGUGGAAUUUUUUUUAAGCCAAUGGUUUUGGUAAAUCCGUUAAGAGGAGCACCAGCUUCAUUUAGUAAGAAUAACCUGGUUUUGUUUCCUCUACUGACUUACAAGGUACCAGUUGCAGGUGCAUCAACAGCAACGAUGGGGUUUCUAACAGGAGCUACCAUUGGACUUGGAGCUGCCGUCAUCGGGGCUCCGCUGGUACUGAGUGCCGUGGGGUUCAUGGCUGCUGGCAUUGCUGCCGGAUCACUGGCAGCGAAGAUGAUGUCAGCUGCAGCCAUAGCCAACGGUGGUGGUGUGGCCGCUGGAAGUCUCGUUGCCCUCGGGCAAUCAGCUGGGAUGGCAGGCCUUUCGGUUGCUACCAAAGCUGCAAUAACAGCCACUGGUGUAGUGGUGGGGCUCCUGGUGUAAGAAAUAUCUGGAAAGGAGUUCACGAUAUCAUUGAGAAGAACAGCACUUAAAUACAUAUCUACGAACUAAGAAGCUUAUUUGCUACUAAUCAAUAAUUGAUUUAUGUCAAUCAUAAUCCAAAUAAGUCUCUUCUUUUCUGUUGGCUGAUUAUACAUACAUAAAGCUCCUAGCACUUAAAUAAAGAAGCAUUUGACACUCAA